AGCAAUUUUGUGCUUACAAUUGAAUUCGAAGAACCAUUUCGUGGUAUAAUCUACAGCGAGAAAGGUUUCCCUAAUUGCAUCUAUGUGAAUGCAUCAAUUCUGACCAAAUUAUCCUAUACCAUUAAGGUACCAUUGGAUGGAUGUGAAACGACCUAUAAUUCGGAUGGCAACCUUGAAAAUGCAAUCAUUGUUCAGGAAAAUCCUCUAUUUGUAGAUGAAACUGAUAAGAAAUAUCUGUUAACAUGCAUUCCGGUAUCUCCAACAACACUCAGGUAA